AUGAAAGCAGCUUCAAGUUGGUCAGUACCUAACAUCGUUUCUUCCCUCUUAUCUAUCAACACAAUUUUGAUUCUGUUUUCUUCCCCUCAGUUCUGUUUCGCUAGAGAUAACAUAACAGUAAAAAGUAGACUCGCAGAUGGGGAAACUCUAGUUUCAGCUGGAAAUAGAUUUGAACUGGGGUUCUUUAUCCCAUCAAGCAUCUCCAACGUGAAGAGAUAUGUGGGGAUAUGGUAUAUCUCUAAUCCAAAGAUACUUGUUUGGGUUGCCAAUGGAAAAAAUCCAGUUCCAGAUAGGACUGGGGUUCUAUCUGUUGCAGAUGGCACACUGAAGUUAUCCGAUGACAAAGGGAACCUUUACUGGUCUGCACAGACUGGGGUUAAGCGUUCAACUCCGAUGGUGAAGCUUAGCGAUAACGGUAACUUGAUUCUACUCGAUCGGUCGAAACUAUAUCUUUGGCAAAGCUUUGAGCAUCCGACGGAUACAUUUCUUUAUGGUAUGAAGAUGAAUGCCGAUGUCUUAGUAACUUCAUGGCGCAGUGAAGAUGAUCCAUCACCGGGGACUAGAUUCUCAAUCGCGGCCUGUUGUCAUGGAAAAGAGCACCAUUUACUGGAGAUCAAGUAG